UUUUCCGCAAAGUAAAAUGUUUUACACUUCUGAACAUUCCAAUAUCCACACAUAUAUAAAGAACCCAAGACAUUAGACACACAAACACAAAUUUGAAGUACAAAAAUAGAAAAUGAAGGAGGAAGUAUUUAAUUCCCAACCAUUGAGCAUUGAUUUGUCUUCGCCGGAGUCAUCUCUCCCCUUCAAUGAGAACGAUUCCGCUGAGAUGCUCCUAUACGACGUCGUGGAGGAGGGGUGGCGGCGCUCGUCGAAGGCGGCCGCGGCGUAUCGCGGCGUGAGGCGGCGGCCGUGGGGGAAGUUCGCGGCGGAGAUAAGGGACUCGACGCGGAAUGGGGCGAGGGUGUGGUUGGGGACGUUUGAGACGGCGGAGGCAGCGGCGAUGGCGUAUGAUCAGGCGGCGUUCGCGAUGCGGGGGCAGGCGGCGGUGCUCAACUUCCCGGUGGAGAGAGUGAGGGAGUCGCUGCGGGAGAUGCGGUGGGGCGUGGAAGAAGAAAGCUCGCCGGUGAUGGCGUUGAAGAGGAAGCACUCGAUGCGGCGGCGGAAGAAGAGGGAGAAUGUGGUGGUGUUUGAGGAUUUGGGAGCUGAUUAUUUGGAAGAGCUUUUGAUGAUGAGUAGUAGUUCAAGUGUAGAAGCUACUUCUUAA